CCGCGCCAGAAGCCAGAGCCAGUUUACAGCCAGAGUUCACAAGUCUUGUUCAAAAAAGCCUGUAUCCGCUCCUAUGUGUGGAGAAAUGUUGUGAUGGAGCUUUUGGAACUACAUAACUGUCCGGAAUUCCUGGACGUCUGCUGCAAAGUUCUCAACGCCGAGUGGAGCAGAAGCUACGCGGCAAGGGAGCACAGCUUGAAGAAAUCAAACAGUGAUCUGCCGGUGUCGUUAAUUCUCGUAGAACGAAAAGAAAGCAGCACCGAAUUUCUGGGGCAUGCCAAGCUGACGAAAGUUGUUGGAAAACCACACUCGUGUAUUGUUGAAUCAGUCAUUAUUGUGCCACAAAAGAGAGGACGGGGUCUUGGGAAACUGCUGAUGAUCCAGGUGGAAGAUUAUGCUCGAAGGAAAGGAUUUACCCAUUGUCAUCUGAAUACAUUUGACAAAGUAGAAUUCUACAAGCAUUUAGGAUAUGUAGAGAGCACACCUGUAUGCAUUGUAAGUGCACGGAAAGCUACUGCCCAUCAUUCUCCUCGCAUGCACUCCAGUUACCUAUGUGCGUUAAAAACGUGGAUCAGCGAGGUGCUCGAAACGGUGGCGCCCUCUUGCAAGCUUUUGUUCGGCAGCAGCACACAUACAGCAGAGAACAGAGGUCAAGCACAAGCAUCAAACGACUCAAAAUGCUGCCAUGGUGACAAUAACGACUCUAGACUUUUACUUCCCCCUGUGCCACCAGCACCACCACCUCCUCCUCCUCCUCCACCACUCAUGAAGGAUCCCGUGUUGCAAAGUGAUGGUACGGAUUGUCCUGUAGUUAAGGUGUGGAUGGUGAAGGUACUAUCCUGACACCCUCAUGCCUUUGCUUUUCCAUCAGGUGAACUGACUGCACAGAUUUCUGUUUUAUAUAUAUUAUUAUUAUUACGAGACACAUUUUGUCCACACAUAAGGUAGUGAACAAUAAAGGCAAUGUGAAAUGUGCAAUUCCUUCCCAAUAGAGCAAGAAUAUAACAUUGGUUUGUACAGGGAGAUGAACUUUAUAUUUUCUUUGUGUAAUUUUCACUGUUACUGUGAUUCUUUCAGCCAUAUGGGGAUUACAAACCAAAAGUAAUUUUAUAAAUGUGUAUGUCAUUUCACCAUAUGCUCCAAAACAGAUAUAGCUAUGUACUUCAAAGUCUGCUGCUCCGAAGUAUACAUCAAUGUCAUGCCAAACUAGAUUUUCUGCUGGCUUCAUGUGGCUGUGCACCUCUUCUAUCUAACAUCAAAAGUUCAUGUUCAAUAUCAAAAAGGUGUUGAUCCUUAACGUGUGGCACCAAAGUCCGCAUUGCUUCUGCCAGUUUGAGUACAUACUCCCUGUUGGAACCGCUGGGGCCUUCGGCACUGUGAAUUUGGCUGGCAAUUUCUUUUUCACUUGCCGGUCCCACAAAAAACGGAUUGUCCUGAUGAGCCACAUAUAUAGUAAGUUUGAACGGUGCGACUGUAGUGUCUUGAGGAUGAAAGACAACCUCUACCUGCAGGGACAACAUAUUAGGUAUAAGAAGAUUGAAAAGAAAUAAUUAUAUCACCACUGAUGACCCAUGAUACCUUGUCAUAACCAUCUUUCUCCCUGUAAUCGAGAUGUUCCAAUACUCUGACUUUCUGAUCAGAGUGGAUUUCAUAUGCCACACCCCAUACACAUGCCUGAAGUAAAACAGGUAAAGUUAGUUAUGUGUACGAUAGUCUAUUUCACUUAUGUAAUGUAAAAUUAACAUACGUCUGGAUCGGUUGAUGGUAUCAGCGUGACGACACGCCCUGGCUGUGAAUAAAUUUGUGAAAUGU